AUGGUGUUUUCAUAUGAAACCAACAAAGUUCUAUCAGCGACUGCCUCUGCAACUGCCUUAAUAAUUCUCUUCAAAUCCAUUGCCAAUGACCUUAUACCAGAUCAAAUCCACAACAGUAUCCUCAAUUUCUGCAAACGCUUUUCAUCCCAAAUCACAGUUGUUAUACAAGAAUUUGAAGGCCUCACUUCAAACCAUAUGUUUGAAGCUGCCAGUCUUUAUUUAGGCACCAAAAUCUCUCCUACAACGCAAAGAAUCAAAGUCCACAAACCCGAAAAGGAUGAAGAAUUUACAGUGACGGUGGAUAAAAACCAAGAAAUUAUUGAUUUCCAUGCAGGGAUUAAAUUCAGUUGGAUUUUACAGAGCACCCAGGUCAAAGGGACUACUAAAAGUGACAAAAAUGGCAGUACCAGAACAGAAUUCAGGUACUUCGAAUUGAAUUUUCACAAGAAACACAAAGACAAUGUAUUGAAAGUAUACUUGCCAUAUGUAUUGAGAAAAGCAAAGGACAUUAAAGAAGAGAAAAAGGUAGUAAGAUUACAUACAGUUGAUUACAAUGGCAUAGACUAUUGGAGUUCAGUGAUUUUGAACCAUCCCGCAACGCUUGAAUCAAUGGCAAUGGAUCCUGAUGCAAAGAAGGAGCUGAUUGACGAUCUUGAUCGGUUCAUAAGCAGGAAGGAUUACUACAGGAGAGUUGGGAAGGCCUGGAAGCGUGGGUACUUGUUCUAUGGGCCACCGGGUACUGGGAAGUCUAGUCUGGUGGCAACCAUUGCUAAUUAUCUCAAGUUUGAUGUGUAUGAUUUGGACAUAAAAGAAGUGCAAUGCAAUUCAGAUUUGAGAAGGCUGCUUAUUGGCACUGCAAAUAGGUCUAUACUUGUGAUAGAAGAUGUUGAUUGUAAUGUGGGGUUGCAGAAUAGGGAGGCUGGUGAUGGAGUAUCUGAGGAUGAAAAGAUUACUCUCUCUGGACUACUUAACUUCAUAGAUGGCCUGUGGUCGAGCUGUGGAGAUGAGAGGAUCAUAAUAUUCACGACCAACCACAAGGACCGGUUAGACCCAGCCUUAUUGAGACCAGGUCGGAUGGAUGUGCACAUAGAGAUGUCUUACUGCACCUUCAGUGGUUUCAGAAUAUUAGCAUCUAAUUAUCUAAAAACGGAGGAGCACACACUAUUCGCAACCAUCCAGGAGUUAUUGACUAAAGUUCAGGCAACACCAGCAGAAAUAGCAGGAGAGCUCAUGAAGAGUGAUGAUGCAGAUACUGCAUUAUUAUGUCUUGUCAAAUACUUAAAAGGAAAAGGAAAACAGAACGUGAAUGCAGGCAAAACAGCAAUGCACUGA